AUGCAGUCAUCGCUCUACAUUACUGUGAAGAACAUUAUCAGUUUACUUGAAGCAACAGACUAUCUGUCACUGGAAAUGUGCCAGUGCAGACUUCUCAUUGUAUUCUACGAGAUUGGACAUGGCUUGUUUCCGGCCGCAUCAAUCUCUAUCGCAGCCUGUGCACAAGCCGCACGCACCCUUGGUCUCCACAACCAGUGGUCGACCCCGGUGACGACUCAACAUACUCUCGAUGAAGAAGAGCGAAGACGGGUGUGGUGGGCAGUGUUUAACUUGGACAGAUUCAUCAACCUGUGCAACAACGAUGCUCUGUUUGCGACCGAGGAUCCUAGAACUGAUGUCCUGCUCCCGUUCGAUGACGGUACCUCCUCUGAUAUCACAAUGGGUCAAUUUGCGCGCGAAUGCCAAAUAUCAUACCUUGUGGGCCGCGUCCUCAGACAUGUACUUGAUCCAACGUCGGAUCGAAAUUUCCAUGCAAGUGAGGAGCUACAGCUUGAACGCACGCUCAAAGCUUUCAUGCCUCUACUUAUGGAAGAGGAUUCCAAGUACGGCCAGUACUGCGCAGCCCUGGCGAUAUGUACAAGCGCUCUUUUCAACUUGUACGACGCAGCCAUGAAGCAAUACAACGACGAAGACCUGGGAAAGCUUCGCAUAUUGGACUGCAUCGAGUCGGCAGCGAUUCGACUGGUAGAUUUCUCAAGACACUUGUUUGCAGACCCUGAAAGCAUAGACAUUCGCAACAUGUCGCCGCUCAUACCACUUUCGCUUUACCAAGCAGCCAUGAUCCAAUAUCGAGCAUGGAAGCGAACCAACGAGAUAUUCUGCAAAGAGAGAGUCACUUCUCUCUUCAAGAUCCUCGCAAAUUUCAGCAAACGGUGGUUUGCCGCAGCAAAGUAUUUGCAGACCUUACACUCGUUAAAGAUGGAGUGA